CACGUCCUCGGGGUCUGCCCGGGACGCUGAGCUGUUUCAGCUUCUCUCGGCCGCGACCGCUUCCCCCAUGCUUGAGGGCGCCGAGCUGUACUUCAACGCGGACCACGGCUACCUGGAGGGCCUGGUGCGAGGAUGCAAAGCCGGCCUCCUGACCCAGCGGGACUACAUCAACCUGGUCCAGUGUGAGACCCUGGAAGAUCUGAAAAUUCAUCUCCAGACCACUGAUUAUGGCAACUUCUUGGCUAACCAAACAAAUCCUCUUACUGUUUCCAUUAUUGACACGGAGAUGAGAAAAACGCUAUGCAGAGAAUUUGAGUAUUUCCGGAAUCAUUCCCUGGAGCCCCUGAGCACCUUUUUCACAUAUAUGACGUGCAGUUACAUGAUAGACAAUGUGAUUCUACUGAUGAACGGUGCAUUGCAAAAAAAGUCUGUGAAAGAAAUUCUGGUGAAGUGCCACCCGUUGGGCCGUUUCACAGAAAUGGAAGCAGUCAAUAUUGCAGAGACACCUUCUGAUCUCUUUAAUGCCAUUCUGGUUGAAACACCAUUAGCUCCGUUCUUUCAAGACUGUAUGUCUGAAAAUACUCUAGACGAACUGAAUAUUGAAAUACUGCGCAAUAAACUGUACAAGUCUUACAUCGAGGCAUUCUAUAAAUUCUGUAAGAAUCAUGGUGAUGUCACAGCAGAAAUUAUGUGCCCCAUUCUUGAGUUUGAGGCAGACAGACGUGCUUUUAUCAUCACUCUUAACUCCUUUGGCACCGAGUUGAGCAAAGAGGACCGCGAGACCCUCUACCCAACCUGUGGCAAGCUCUAUCCCGAGGGACUGCGCCUGCUGGCCCAAGCAGAGGACUUCGAGCAAAUGAAGAGAGUAGCGGACCAUGGAGUAUACAAGCCUUUGUUUGAGGCUGUAGGUGAUGGCAGUGGGGGAAAGACAUUGGAGGAUGUGUUUUAUGAACGUGAGGUACAGAUGAAUGUGCUGGCAUUCAACAGGCAAUUCCACUAUGGUGUGUUUUAUGCGUACACCAAGUUGAAGGAACAAGAAAUAAGAAAUGUCGUGUGGAUAGCCGAAUGCAUUUCACAAAGACAUCGAACUAAAAUUAACAGUUACAUUCCAAUCUUAUAACCCAGUGAGGGGCCUGAAAUGCAGAAAAUCAUAAAUGUUAGGAGGAAGUUACUGAGGGAAAUAGGAGUCGUGUUAUAUGAUCUAGAUCACACAAAACUAAACCACACUUCAUUUCAUGAAUUGCAGACCAACUGGAAACGUAGCAAGCCAACCCUGAAACAAAGCAUUUCUUUUUCUUCCAGAAGCCUUAAAUCUUGCUUCCACAUUUAUGUCUCAUUCUUCACCUUGCUUUAGACAUUAAUUUUAAUUAACCCUAUGGUACUUUUCCUAUUCUUAUUUUUGUUCUUUUAAAAAUCAAAUCUAUUAAAAGUAUUUUGCUUUCCCAUGAUUCUCCACAGGCCCAAAUACUGAGUGUCUGCUUUAUUUUUU